UUGAGAGUAGUCAGUUGGAGAAGAAGCAUCUGCUAAGUCUGCAUUCCACCGCUUUGAGCUUUCUCGCCUGUCUCAACGCUCAAAGAUACCCAAUGUAGCUCAGAGGAAACAAGAAUUUGAGACCAAAGACCAAUUACCACCUGGUUUUGACUUUGAAUUUGGCACACACUUCAAUAACACACCAAGGCAGCGUAAGAGUGCAGAAUUAAUGAAAGGUGACCUGGUCUGUCAUGAGAUGUCUCCUUCACCUCCUAAGGUGUUUAGAUCUCUCUCUGACGGAGGUAAUGUGUUCCCUGUCAAUAGAAGGCUCUACUCACCAACAGCAGAAGAGGGUGUUAAAACUGCGACAGUGUCAGAAGCUGGUGUUGUGAGACGGGUUGCUAUAAAUCGCACCAUACCUGUUGGUGGUCCUCACAUACACUGUGAACCACCACCUCUUUAUGGGUCCUCACACAGGCCUCAGAGUGAUCCAGAUGUUUUGAGAGGAACGAUCCAAUUCAGUUUGCUCACAGGUAUCUAUGACGAGUCUCUUGUCGACACAAUCAAUGGAUGAAACGGGCAGUAGUCGACAAAAGACAGUAGCUCGUCAGAAUUCUUAUCUCAGUGCCCUGCGGUCGCCCCUUCAUGACGGAGAGCUAGCGAAGAAACCCGGUUUAUCCUAAACCGCCAUCAUCAUCACCCAUCACCGAGACCCAGCACCCCCUCAUUCCCCCAAACCUUUCGCCACCCAC